AUGGGCACCUUAAAAGCUCUGCAAACUGCCUUCGGGGCUGGCUUUUCUACUGACCCUUCGACCGCCCCCCAUAGCCCCGUCGGACAGAUCUGGCUGCACACCAUGUUCACCAAGAUUGGAAACUUUUUGGCAGUCGGAUUGUUGUCGUACGACGCCGCGGCUCAGUGCUUACAAGCCAACAACAGCAAACCUGUUGACCUCAGCUGGCAUCCUCCUAACAAGACCAGCAUCAACAAUCUCAGCGACGUCGUCAACGGAACCGGUGUCAAUGGGUUUGUUUUCAACACGUCGGACACCCCAGUCACCUCCGGUUAUGGGACAUACAAUUGGUGCAAUAUGCCCCAUGUCAGGAAGCAGGAAUAUGUGGUUCCUCCCAAAGAGUACAAGCUGGAAUACGUGGAAUUGAUCCACCGCCAUCACAAGCGUACACCCUAUGCGCACAACACUUUCCCUCACGAGACUUAUCCUUGGUACUGUGAUGACGAGGCUCUGUUCUACUACGGCGCCCCAAGACCAGACGGCCACUCCGCGCAAAUCAAUUGGCAGGUCUACACGUCGGACGCCAAUCCCCUGGCGCCUGAAGGGUUCAAUGGGACCUGCCAGUUCCCCCAGAUCACCGCUGGGGGGCUGAACGACUCCCGCCAACACGGGACGGAUCUGUUCGGGGUGUACCAUGACCUGCUGAGUUUUUUGCCGGACACGUAUGACUCGCAGAAGAUCCAGUAUCGAGUAACCAACAAUGUGAUAACAUCACAGGUCGCGGGCCAGAUCGUCAAGGGCCAGUACCCCGGCCCGUUCACCGACAAGCCUGUCAGUGUGGCGAUCCAGCCUGCAUCUGUCGACUCCCUCGAGCCUGCAUACACGUGUGGCGCUGCCAGCGAUUUGUUCGCCAGCUACGGCGUGGGCAGCGACGCAACUAACUGGACACUACAUCUGAACGAGUCGGCUGCACUGUUUGCGAGACUUGACUCGAUCUCGGGGGUCAAUACCACCAAUUUGGACUGGAAGAUUUCAUUCGAUCACUAUUUUGACAAUCUAUCUGCGCGGCUGUGCCACCAGAAACCGCUGCCUUGCCAGGCCGGUAACUCGAGCAACUGUGUCGUACAAACCGACGCCGACGCCGUGUUCCGCAGGGGUGAGUACGAGUACAGCUUCAUUUACCGCGAUUCGCCGCAGUCGCUCGCCGCCAGCGCUGCCUCCUUUGGAAUAUGGAUGGCGGAACUUGCGAGCAACCUUCGCGGCGCAAUGGGUGCUGACAACACAACUAAAAGCCCCGCACUGUACCGGCAUAACAUUGCCCACGACGGCAGCCUGUCCCGACUGCUAAGUAUUCUCCAGGUCGAUUCUAUGGUUUGGCCUGGGAUGGGGUCAGAAGUCGUCUUCGAACUCUACUCGCGCGAAGGCUGCUAUUUUCUACGUGUACUCUGGGGCGGCAAAGUCCUGCGAAGUUCGAACCCGAGUCUCGGCCGCAUGGAUUUGAUUCCUGUCCAGGUGUUCCUGGAUUAUGUAGAUGGCUUGGUUGGGGUCAAGGCGGCGAAGAUACCAGGGUUGUGCGAGGGAAGGGAGUAG